UAACAAAUAUUGAUAAAAGUGAAGAAGUAACAGAUAUUGAUAGAAGUAAAGAAGUAAUAGAUGUUGAUAGAAGUGAAAAAAUAACAAAUAUUGAUAGAAGUAAAGAAAUAACAGAUAAUGAUAAAAGUGAAGGAAUAAUAAAUAUUAAUAAAGGUGAAGAAAUAGCAGAUGUUUAUGAAGAUAAAGGAGUAAUAGAUGUUAAUGAAGGUGGAGGAAAAACUUAA